GUCGUCAUCGUCAUCGUCAUCGUCAUCGUCAUCGCCGACGCCGGAGGAAGAAGCAGGAGCAAGGAACAUGAAUCCGGCAUUUGCGUACACGGUUGUGUACGUCAAGGACGUAGCCAAGUCGGUCGGUUUCUAUGCUAAAGCCUUUGGCUAUGCCGUCCGCCGCCUCGACGAGUCUCACCGGUGGGGAGAGCUAGAGACUGGGCAGACCACGAUAGCUUUCACGCCACUGCACCAGCGCGAGACGGAUGAUCUGACUGGGGUGGUCCACACUCCUGAGUCCCGCCGAGACCGUCCCCCGAUCGAGAUUUGCUUCGCUUACCGAGAUAUCGAUGCCGCAUACAAGCGGGCGGUGGAGAGCGGCGCGGUGCCGGUGAGCGAGCCGGAGGAGAAGGAAUGGGGACAGAAAGUCGGGUACGUCCGCGACCUCGACGGGAUCGUCAUCAGGAUGGGGAGCUACGUUCAAGCACCAAAACAAGACUAGAAACCUUUUGAAUGAAAUCUGCUCCAUCAAGCUUAUCAUCUCUUUUGUACGUUUUUGUAUGUUCCUAUCUCGAGGACAUGGGGCUGAUGAGUCUUUAAAGUUUCUGAAGAAAUAAGACGCAAAAAGGCUGGUUGAAAUCUGCUCCA